UCCCCGCUGCAGAUGUGCAACAUCCCGUGCCUGAGCACACAGCUCGACCUGCUGCUGACUCUGAGAGAGCUUCCGCUCAGCAUGAACGACCUGCAGCCACUGAUUAACCAGAAGAUCAGAAUGUGCACGCAGCUGAACAACUGCAGGUCAUUUGUUUCCGUGCUGGAGUACCUCCUCACCAUUGGCAAUUACCUCAACGAGAACGCCAGGAAGGGAAAGGCCAAGGGAUUUCGCCUCUCCUCCUUAGCUAAACUCUCUCAGCUCCGGGGGAAAGACAGGAAGUUCACCUUGCUUCAUGCCCUUGUGGAGCAGAUCAUGUUGCAGGAACCUUCCCUGGCCGCUUUUACCCAGGAGUUGGCAGAAUUUGAAACUGUCCCGGGAGCUUCCAUUAAAGGCUUGACCGCAGAGGUUGACGUGCUGAAGAAUGAACUGCAGAAAGUCAUUCAGUAUGAAAAAACUUUCAAGAACAAAAAUGCUGGAGGUCAACACCCACAAUUCUACAAAGACUUGAAGAUGGCGAUUGAAAAACAUAAAACCAAUCUGUCAGCGCUGACGAAGACGCGUGAUGAAAUGAAGAAACUCUACUCUGUCAUACUGGUGAAAUUCGGAGAGCCGGCGGACCAAGACUCUCAGGAGCUCUUUGGGCUGAUCUGUCAGUUUGUCCACGACUUCAAGGAGGCCCACGCUGAAGUGAUAUGAGUAUAGAGAAACCGCUGAGACUGCAGCGAUGCUUAUUAAACAAACCAAAGAGAGGUCUGAUUGUCUUAGUCACACUCCAGCGAGACGACUCCAAACGCUCUAACUUUCAAUGCAGUGUUUGGUAUAAGUAGACUGUGCUUGGAUUUAUAUUUGUUCAACAUGUUUGUAUUCUUUUCCCGUGAUGCUGCACAGAUGUAUUAUAAAGGCCAUUGUGAGUGAUGUAUUGUAAAGAUGUACAGUAUGUGUAUAGCUCAUGCACCUGGAGGAUGACUCUGUGAAAUAUAAAACGGAUCUAUGUCACAUUUAUAUUCGGUUUGAUUUGGGAUGAAUUGAUGUUUACUGAUGUUUCCAGACGAAUCAGGAAUGCAUUUUGAUAAUCCAGUGCUGUGUAUGCCGAAGAGUGCUGCUAACACCCACAGCUGUCUGCUGGCGGGAGAACAAAACACACUUCCCUUCAGACGGGAGCUGUGGCUGGCGUACUCCGGCUGUGUGAUUAUUCCGAACAUGCAAUCUCUCUGUGAUCGGGGACGUUCCCUGUCCCGAUGAUCCAGGAGGAGCUCCAAGGCCGCCUCUGAUUUAGAAAAACGCAUCUGCACUGUGGAAUGAUGAGAAAGACUAAAUUCACCUUCAAAAAAGGCAGAAAGAUACUCUGAGCUCGGUUUGGAACUGAUUUAUGUGCUGGACAGCUUUGUGUGUGUGACAUUUAAUCUGUUUUAACAACAACAACAACACUGAUUCUUACUGUGCACUGUUGUAUAAUAAACUAGACCCCUUACUGA